CUUCCGGUCCCUGUAAUCAGCAGCAUUAGCAGCGUUAGCAUCGUUAGCAUCAGCAGCUGUUCCUGCUAAGAUGACUUUCAGCCGCUUGUUCUCCACAGCCGUCCGCAUUAACAGAGUUCCUACAGCUGGAUCCAGAUCCGCCUUCACCAGCUCCAGGCCGGACACAGCCAACCCCAACUGGCUGCGGGUGGGUCUGGCCUUUGGGACGUCAGCUUUCCUCUGGGGCCUGCUCUUCAAACAGCACAGCGCAGACGAACACGAGUACCGGCUGAGAAACGGCCUUCAGUGAUCCCAGCCGAUGGAGGCCCACUUCCUGCUGCGCUGAUGGUGGGGCUGAAAGCGACCUUAUGACUUCAUGUCAGCAUGGAACCAAGCACGUCUGGAACCUGCUGGAGUCUGGGUCCUCCCUGUUGGACCCGCCUGGUUCUCUUCCCCCUGCCUGGUUCUGUUCCCCCUGCCUGGUUCUGUUCCCCC